AUGACGACUGCCACGUCGACACUCUGCGCCCCUCCUAAGUCCCCCGCCACGUCCGCCCCGAAGGUGACCAGCUCCGGUCAGCGUGACCAGGCCAAGAAUGACGGAACCCAGGAGGAAACGCCAAGGUCGCAACUUGCGGGCGUCGCCAAUCCGCAAGAUUCCGAUCAUUCAGCCACAGUGCCAGAGGCGACCAAGGCGAAGUCGGAGGGAGACGUCACUGCCCUUUUCGUCUCCAAUCCUAAAGUGAAAAAGGUGGAGCCUGGCACUUCAGACCAGGAACGCAGAGCGACCACGAAGACAUCGCCAGCCUCGGAUGACAAAGCUGAGACGUCCAGCGAGACUACUCCGGCUGCACCUGCGCCGGAAGUGGCACCGAGCGCGGCUACCGCAGUUGCAGCACCGGAUACCAUUUCCGGCGCUCGCAAUCCUUCAACGACCAGCGCGCAUUCGGGUCCGGGUGCGUCGAGGGCAUCUAGGCCGUCUGCCGCCAGCUUGGCCCUCUCCAAGAAACGCCGAGCGAGCGGUGCCGCUGUCCACAGCGGCGUCCUGACGUUCCUCGCCUACGGCACAUGCGCCGUGCUCGUCGUCGGCACUUUCGUCGUGUUUCUCAUCUUGUUCAAGCACUCCGCUCUCGAGAACUUCGACAGUUCCACACCCAGAGUGGAACAGUACUGUCACACGAAGGACUGCGAGCAGCACGCGCAACUUAUCUUGUCCAAGGUGAACAUGAGCGUGGACCCGUGCGAGGACUUGAACGCGUUCGCCUGCUCGGAUUGGGAGCCCCAAGGCGACAGCUACGCCAACUAUGGCGCUGCGCUGGACAGCGAGGCGUUCCACGACUGGUUCACCAAUUUCAAGCACUCACUGGGCGAAGGCAGCGCCCACCUGCACGCAGGCGCCAGGGCGCUCGCCAUGUUCGGUGCUUGUCUGUGGCACCGCACCACCACCGAGGAGGCCGAGCGUGGUAAGCGUUUGCUGCGCGAGGUCAUGUCCAAGAUGCGCAUUCCGUGGCCGGACGAGCCGAGUGCCAACGUGGAUCCGCUCGGUGUGCUCAUCGAUCUGUCCUACAGGCAACUUCUUAAGCUACUGGAGCUCCAACGUGGCGGCUUUGAUGAUGUCAAGGAAGCGUAG